UUACACAAUAGUGUCGGGUAAACAGUUAAUGCGCAUCGGAUUGUGAAAUGCUGAAAACGGGUCACGGGCUAUCCCGAUGUUGUCGGACGUUGCUGAACUCGGUGCGGGCAAACCGACGAGGCACUGUCUUCGUUGAACAGACUCCAGUUGCUGGCUAUGCCGGGGUAAUUAUUCCGCUCAGGGGUAAGAAGGAUGAUAGCCGCCUUUUCACACCGAUUCCGAUUCGUCCGAGCCCGGAUGAUAUCAACGUUGGUGCCGAACUGACCGGAACGCUCGAUAAAGCCGAAAUGCUGAAGGUGAUCCUGAAAUUUAGCAACCGCAAAGAAAUCAAGUUCCUUUGCGUCGAAAAUGGCAUCGACUCAAAUCUGCAACAACAAGCCUUCGUGAGCUUCCGAAAGUACUGCCUCGAGACGGAUGCGCUGCCGCCCGACUUGCACGUGGUGCUGAGCGAUAUUCUGCAGGGGGCUGGCCACGUUGACGAUAUUUUCCCGUAUUUUCUGCGGCACGUUAAGCAGAUCUUUCCGCACCUGGAGUGUAUGGACGAUCUGAAGCAAAUAUCGGACCUCCGGCAGCCGGCUAACUGGUAUCCGAACGCGCGCGGUAUGAACCGGAAAGUGAUCUUCCACUCCGGGCCGACCAACUCGGGCAAAACGUACCACGCGAUGGAGCGUUUUCUGGCCGCAAAAUCGGGCGUCUACUGUGGACCACUGAAGCUGCUGGCUAGCGAGGUGUACAACAAAAGCAACCAACGGGGCACGCCGUGCGAUUUGGUGACCGGCGAAGAGCGAAAGUUUGCCAAUCCGGAGGGUGCACCUUCAUCGCACGUCGCCUGCACGGUGGAGAUGACGUCGAUCAACACUCCCUAUGAGGUAGCGGUAAUCGAUGAAAUACAGCUGCUGAAAGAUGUCGGUCGGGGUUGGGCCUGGACGCGAGCAUUCCUGGGACUGAUGGCCGAAGAGAUUCACGUGUGUGGCGAACCCGGUACGGCCGAUCUGCUGCAGAAGCUAUGUGAAACAACGCACGAGUCGAUGGAGGUGCGAAACUACAAGCGCCUAACUCCACUGCACGUCGAGGAUCACGCUUUGCAAAUGUUGGACAACGUUCAGCCCGGAGAUUGCAUCGUGUGCUUCAGCAAAAACGACAUCUACGCCGUUUCGCGAGAGAUUGAAGCACGCGGAAAGGAAGUGGCCGUCAUUUACGGGGGUCUUCCGCCUGGUACCAAGCUUGCACAAGCAGCAAAGUUCAACGAUCCUAACAACAGCUGCAAGGUACUGGUAGCCACGGACGCGAUCGGAAUGGGACUAAAUUUGAGCAUUCGGCGCGUGAUUUUCUACUCGAUGAUUAAACCGACGAUGAACCAGAAAGGCGAAAAGGAGAUGGACACGAUCUCGGUCUCGCAAGCGCUGCAGAUCGCAGGCCGUGCCGGACGCUACGGCAUGAAGUGGGACGAGGGGUACGUGACAACGUUUAAGGCGGAGGAUCUGCCGACGUUGAAGGCCAUUCUUGGGCAGACACCGGAACCGUUGGCACAGGCUGGCCUGCAUCCGACGGCCGACAUGAUCGAGCUGUACGCGUACCACCUGCCCAAUGCGACCCUCAGCAAUCUGAUGGAAAUCUUCGUCUCGCUCUGCACGGUCGACGAUUCGCUGUAUUUUAUGUGCAACACGGAGGAUUUUAAAUUCCUAGCUGAAACGAUACAGCACGUGCCACUACCGCUGCGUGCCCGCUACAUUUUCUGCUGCGCCCCGAUCAACCGUAACAUGCCGUUCGUGUGCUCAAUGUUCCUAAAGUACGCGCGGCGGUACAGUCGCAACGAACCGGUCACGUUCGAUUGGCUGUGUAAUCAAUGUGGCUGGCCGUUCCAGUUGCCCCGUACCAUCAUCGAUCUGGUACACCUAGAGGCCGUAUUCGAUGUGCUCGAUCUGUACCUAUGGCUAAGCUACCGCUUUCCGGACCUUUUCCCCGACGAGAAGCUGGUUCGCGACAUCCAGCGUGAGCUGGACGAUAUCAUUCAGCAGGGCGUGUUUCAGAUCACCAAGCUGCUGAAGAACUCGGAAACGGCCGUUUCAACGAACACGCCGGAUGAAGACUCGUUCGCGAUGCGACAGCGCAAGAGUAAAUAUUAUCGAGAGGCGGGAGCAAGCGGGACGCGCGGUCGACUCACGGAGCGCCUGCUGGCGCAGGGUUUGCUCACACCGGCCAUGUUACAAGAGCUGAAACAUGAAUGGGACCAGCAGGCGAAGCGAAGCAGCCGAGAGCGCGAUGCCACGGACGACGAUGAGGAUCCGUUCGAUGGUGGAAAGAAAGGGCGACGGAAAGGCACUAGAAAAACGCUCAAGUGAUUAUAGAAGUAUUUUGUGCGAUGUCAAUGUCUAUUCUAAAUUACUGCCAUCGGCGGCACUAGAUUGUGUGGAUAGUAUACAACAAAACAACACAUUGAAUCGCAAAGAAAUACUUAGUUGAAAAGAAAUCGAACAAUAC